AAAUUACUAAUCACGGCCAUUAAGUUUAUUUACAACUCCUUUAUUAUUAUUUUACAAAAAAGUCAUCAAAUACGAAAAUCAUCAUCCUUAAAACUAAUAAAUAGUAAAAGUUGGCGAUUUAUUAUCCAACUACCUCCCGGCGUCAUUCCACGGUCAAUGUCCAAUUUUCUCCAUGACCUAUAACAACAAUGACAAGACGCGAUUUGACCCACCAACCCAGAGUUCUAAAUCUAGAAGUGACUUCGCAGCGGUGAUAACAAUUUCAGUCCCACACAGAGAUACGCCUCUGCCAUGGUGAUAUCUCCACCUCAAAAACUAACAAUGCUGUUCGAAAUCAUAGGAGCUGGUGUCUUCAGUUAUGGCCUUUUCUACCUCCUCGCCAUGUGCUUCGUCGACUGCGACGUCGAACUGUGGUUUUACUCGAUUUUCGGACGAUCCCCACGUAAGCUGAAAGGCAAAGUCGUGUGCAUCACGGGGGCUUCCAGCGGAAUCGGCGAACACACAGCCAAAGCCCUCGCCAAACGCGGGGUGAAACUAGCUCUGACAGCCCGGCGAAAAAACGAACUCGAGCGGGUGAAACGAGAGUGCAUUGAGCUCUCCAAAGGCCAGCUCGUCGACGACGACGUCCUCGUGCUGGCCUUCGACAUCACCGACUUGUCGCUCCACAAGAAAGUCCUCGAACAAAUUAUCAACCACUUCGGGUCUCUUGACAUCCUAGUCAACAAUGCGGGGCGAUCCCAGCGAGCCCUCUUCGAACACAUUCAAAUGAACGUGGAUAAGCAAAUGUUCGACCUUAACGUCUUCGCCGUCGUGAAUUUGUCGCGGUUUGCGGUGAAAUAUUUUAGCGAGAGGGGCUCCGGUCACGUGGCUGUGGUGUCGAGUUUAGCUGGAGUCUUCGGGGUGCCUUAUUCAGCCACGUACACCGCCACGAAGCACGCCAUCCACGGGUACUUUGGGGCCCUCAGGACCGAAAAAACCGGCAAAAACAUCGCAGUGACGUUACUGUGUCCAGGACCGGUUUACACGAAUUUCUUGCAGGAGAGUUUCACGGAGAAAGACGGUGAAAAAUAUGGAAUUCCGGCUAAUAAAACCGAUAGGAGGAUGACGGGGGAGAGGUGCGGGGAGCUCUGUGCAGUGGCUUUGGCCAAUAGGACUCAUGAAUCUUGGAUGGGGAUUUUUCCGAUGAUGCCGUUUGUGUACACAGCUGUGUAUUUUCCUAUUGUUUCGAAAAUGUGUUUGAAGUUGUUGGGGCCGCAGAGGUUGUUCAAGAUCAGGGAUAGUAAAGAAAUAACGCUCGAUGAGGGUAAACAAAAACUGUGAUCUACUCUGUUCUAUUUGGUGAAGGAUCGUCUUAACUUUCUUAUUCAACUAACACUGGUUUUGGGCCAAAAAUUUUAGCCAUUGUUUGAUACUUGAUAUGUAGGUAGCUUGAUUGCACCCACAUCAAAUUUUGUUGCUGCUAGUAUAUACAUUGGCGUAAAUAAAUAUUGCAAAAAAAUUUCAUGUGGAUGCAACUUUUCAUUUAUCUUUGUGGUGGGAUUCUCGUAAUUUUUUUUAGAAUUAUUUCGAUUUUAUGGGUUAGAUAUUGUGUAACGGUUUCUUUAAAAAUCGAAAUACUUCUUAGAAUUUGUUGAGUUAAAAAAUAGCGCUAUUUGGGGCCAUUUACUUACUAGUGGUUGUAGUUUGGUGUUAUUUUUCAACUUGUAUACCGUCGAACUUAUUCGUGACGUCACUCUAACGUCACGUAAAAAACGUUUCGAAUCUUUCAGUGGGAUACCAAUACAGGCGCUAUUCAUUAUAUAUUUUUGUACAUUUGUACACUCAAAUAAAAAGGUUAGUUCUUUGAACAAAA